AUGGCGCCGCUACCGAUCAAGUUCACGGAGCUGCUGCAACUCACAUCCGUGGGAGUUCUGCAACCUUCAAUAGGCUUCAACUCGUGUACCCUCGAAUCCGAUCACUACGUUUGCAUACGGCAGAAAGUCGACGACAAUGCCCAGCCGGAAGUUCUCAUCGUCAACCUCAAGAAUGGAAACAGCGUCAUGAAGCGGCCGAUCAAGGCCGACAGCGCCAUCAUGCAUUGGAGCAAGGAGAUUAUUGCCCUGAAGGCGGGUGGAAAGACACUGCAGAUUUUUGAUUUGGCACAAAAGAGCAAGAUCAAGAGCACCACAAUGUCCGAGGAUGUGGUCUUCUGGAAGUGGUUCGACGACAGCUCUCUUGGCCUUGUCACGGAAUCCAGUGUCUACCACUGGAACAUCUUCGAUCCAUCCGAAGUCUCGCCUCGGAAGAUGUUCGAACGCAAUCAGAAUCUGUCAGGAUGUCAGAUCAUCAACUAUCGCGUUGCGGACGACGAGAAGUGGAUGGUCGUGGUUGGCAUUUCGCAACAGCAGGGACGUGUCGUUGGUAGCAUGCAGCUAUACUCGAAAGAGCGUGGUAUCAGUCAAGCCAUUGAGGGUCAUGCGGCUGCAUUUGGAACAUACAGAAUGGAGGAUGCGCCAGCGGACACCAAGCUCUUCACCUUCGCCAACCGUUCAGCGACUGGCGCGAAGCUACACAUCGUUGAGGUUGAUCACCAAGCGCCGAAUCCAGUCUUCCAGAAGAAGGCUGUCGACAUCUACUUCCCAGCAGAGGCAACGAACGAUUUCCCGGUCGCCAUGCAAGUCUCGUCGAAGUACAAGGUCAUCUACUUGGUGACCAAGUACGGCUUCAUCCACCUUUACGAUCUCGAGACCGGCACGACCAUCUUUAUGAACCGCAUUUCGAGCGAUACGAUUUUCACGACGGCCGGUGAUGAGGAUGGGACAGGAAUUGUUGGCGUGAACCGCAAGGGUCAAGUUCUGGCUGUCAGCGUGGAUGAGAGCACGAUCAUUCCAUACUUGUUGCAAAACCCAGAGAAUGCGGAGCUGGCCUACAAGUUGGCAUCAAGAGCGGGACUUCCCGGCGCGGAUCAACUAUACCAGCAACGAUUCGAUCAGCUGUUGAACUCCGGCGACUACCAGCAAGCUGCAAAGACUGCUGCCAACUCUCCACAAGGGUUCCUCCGCACACCUGCAACCAUUGAGAAGUUCAAGAAUGUACCUCAGCAGCAAGGCCAGCUUUCGGUCAUCCUGCAAUACUUUGGCAUGCUCCUCGAUAAGGGCAAGCUGAACCAGCACGAGACUCUUGAGCUUGCUCGACCCGUGCUUUCCCAGAACCGCAAGCAUCUGCUUGAGAAGUGGAUGAAGGAGGGCAAGCUUGGAUGCUCGGAGCAGCUUGGUGAUCUCGUUCGCCUGCACGAUGUCGCGCUCGCGCAACAGAUCUAUCAGGAGGCUGGCGCAUCACAGAAGGUCAUUGCUGCCAUGGCAGAGUCAGGCAACUUCGAACAGAUUUUGCCAUACUCUCGCUCUGCUGGCUACACCCCUGACUUCAACGCCCUCCUUCAGCACAUUGUGCGGGUCAACCCAGAGAAGGGUGCCGAAUUCGCCACAGCUCUUGCUAAAGAGGACGCCAGCCUGAUCGAUGUUGAUCGUACCGUGGACAUCUUCCAAGCACAGGGUAUGGUUCAGCAAGCAACGGCAUUCCUUUUGGACGUCCUUUCGGCCAACAAGCCCGAGCAAGGCCACUUGCAGACACGACUACUAGAGAUGAACUUGGUCAAUGCGCCUCAAGUCGCGGACGCUAUCCUCGGCAAUGAGAUGUUCUCACACUACGACAAGCCGCGCAUUGCCCAGCUUUGUGAGAAUGCAGGCCUUCUGACCCGAGCUCUGGAACACUACGAGGAUCCCGCCAGCAUCAAGAGAUGUAUUGUCCAAUCCGACAAGAUUCCGGAAGAGUUCCUCAUCAACUACUUUGGUCGCUUGACCGUGGACCUCGCACUAGAGUGCCUCGACGAGAUGCUCAAGGUCAAUAUCCGCCAGAACCUUCAAGCCGUCAUUAACAUCAGCAAAAAGUUCUCUGACCUCUUCGGACCGACUCGCAUCAUCGACUUGCUCGAGAAGUACCGCACAGCAGAGGGCUUGUACUUCUACCUGGGCGGCAUUGUCAACUUGAGCGAAGACAACGAGGUCACCUUCAAGUACAUCGAGGCUGCAACGACAAUGGGGCAGCUUCAAGAAGUCGAGCGUAUCUGUCGCGAGAGCAACCACUACGAUCCUGAAAAGGUGAAGAAUUUCUUGAAGGAGGCCAAGCUGACCGAGCAGUUGCCUCUGAUCAUCGUUUGCGAUCGAUUCAACUUCGUCCACGAUCUUGUGCUAUACCUGUACAAGAACCAACAGUUCAAGUCGAUUGAGGUCUACGUUCAGCGAGUCAAUCCAGCUCGUACACCCGGUGUCAUUGGCGGUCUUUUGGACGUUGACUGUGAUGAGAGCAUCAUCAAGAACCUGCUGCAAUCCGUCUCGCCAGAAUCGAUACCCAUCGACGAGCUUGUGUCUGAGGUGGAAUCCCGCAAUCGUUUGAAGCUUCUCCUCCCAUUUUUGGAGCAGACUUUGGCGGCUGGCAACCAACAAGUCGCUGUCUACAAUGCCCUGGCCAAGAUCUACAUCGACUCGAACAACGACCCGGAGAAGUUCCUCAAGGAGAACGACAUGUAUGACACGCUGAUCGUUGGAAAGUACUGUGAGAAGCGUGAUCCCAACCUCGCCUGCAUCGCCUACACCAAAGGCCAGAACGAUCUUGAACUCAUCAGCAUCACAAACGAGAACGCCAUGUUCAGAGCGCAAGCACGAUACCUCAUCACUCGCGCUGACUCUGAGAUCUGGUCUUACGUCCUGUCUGAGAACAACAUCCACCGCAGAUCACUCGUGGAUCAGGUCAUCUCCACCGCUGUGCCCGAGAGCCAGGAUCCUGAGAAGGUGUCCAUCGCGGUCAAGGCUUUCAUUGAUGCCGACAUGCCCGUGGAACUGAUUGAGCUGCUCGAGAAGAUCAUUUUGGAGCCAUCGACCUUCAGCGACAACGCCAACUUGCAGAACUUGCUGAUGCUCACUGCCGCCAAGUCUGAUCGCGGUCGUGUUGCCAACUACAUCCAGCAGCUUGACCAGUACAGCCCUGAUGAUAUUGCCCAGCAAUGUAUCGAGGUCGGCAUGUACGAGGAGGCAUUCCUCAUUCACAAGAAGGCCGAGAACCACACCGAGGCGGCCAACGUCUUGGUUGACCAUGUAGUGUCUAUUGACAGGGCUCAGGAAUACGCAGAACAGGUCGACCUUCCGGAAGUCUGGAGUAAGGUGGCUAAGGCUCAGCUUGAUGGACUACGAGUCACCGACUCUGUCGAAUCGUACAUCCGCGCACAAGACCCUGCCAACCAUCUCGAGGUCAUCGAGACUGCCACCCACGCAGGAAAGGAUGACGACCUCAUAAAGUACCUCCGCAUGGCGCGCAAGACUCUUCGUGAACCAGCCGUCGACACCGCACUUGCUUUCGCCUACGCUCGCACGAACCAGCUUCCCGAGCUGGAGGACUUCCUCCGUGCCUCGAAUGUCGCCAACAUCGAGGAGUCGGGUGACAAGGCGUACGCUGAGGGUCUGCACGAGGCUGCGAAGAUCUUCUUCUCGUCAAUCAACAACUGGGCCAAGCUCGCCACGACUCUCGUGCACUUGGAGGACUACCAAGCCGCUGUCGACUGCGCCCGCAAGGCCAACAGCGUCAAGGUUUGGAAGCAGGUCAACCAGGCAUGUGUGGACAAGAAGGAGUUCCGACUUGCACAAAUUUGUGGUUUGAACCUCAUCGUCCACGCCGAAGAAUUGGAUGAUCUGGUCAAGCAGUACGAGCGAAAUGGAUACUUUGACGAACUCAUCAGCCUGCUCGAAGCCGGCCUUGGUCUCGAGAGAGCGCACAUGGGGGUCUUUACCUCUUUGGCUAUCGUGCUCAGCAAGUAUCACCCCGAACAAGUGAUGGACCAUUUACGGAUCUUCUGGGGGCGCAUCAACAUUCCCAAGGUCAUCAAGGCCGUCGAAGAUGCGCACCUCUGGCGAGAGCUCGUGUUCCUGCAUACCCACUACGACGAAUUCGACAACGCUGCCCUGGCGAUGAUGGAGAGAGCUGCAGAUGCCUGGGAGCACCAGACCUUCAAGGAGACGAUCGUCAAAGUGGCUAACCUCGAAAUCUACUAUAAAUCGUUGAACUUCUACCUCCAGGAACAGCCGUCGCUCAUCACCGAUCUUCUCCAGGCUCUCACUCCCCGGAUCGAUGUCAAUCGCGUUGUCAAGAUGUUCGAGAAAUCAGACAAUAUUCCUCUCAUCAAGCCUUUCCUGCUCAACGUCCAAGGCCAGAACAAGCGCGCAGUCAACGACGCUAUCAACGACCUGCUCAUUGAGGAGGAAGACCACAAGCAGCUCCGCGACAGCGUUCAGAACUUCGACAACUACGAGGCUGUCGCCCUUGCCCAGCGAUUAGAGAAGCACGAUCUUGUCUUCUUCCGACAGAUCGCUGCCAACAUCUACCGCAAGAACAAGCGAUGGGACAAAUCGAUCCAGCUCUCGAAGCAGGACAAGCUUUACAAGGAUGCCAUCGAGACCGCCGCCAUGUCGGGCAAGACCGAGGUCGUCGAGGAGCUCCUUCGCUACUUCGUCGAUAUCGGCAGCAAAGAAUGCUACACAUCCAUGCUUUACGCCUGCUACGACCUCAUCCCACUCCACACCGUCAUGGAGAUCUCAUGGCGGCACAAUCUCACCGACUUCACUAUGCCGUUCAUGAUCAACUUCAUGUCGCAGCAAGCCGCCACCAUCAGCGAGCUCAAGCGCGACAACGACGAGCGCAAAGCUCGCGAGGCGUCGGAGAAGAAGGAAGAGGACACGGGUCCUAUUCUCGGACAGUCGAGAUUGAUGUUGACACAGGGUCCGAUUGGACAGCAGCCUAAUGGUGUGAUGGCGCAGCCGACGGGAAUGUAUGCAUGUGUGUUGCAGUAUCAAGAUUUCGGAUCGACUUUGCAAGUACUGGUCCACUCAAUGUUCAUGUCGCUCGCCGCGGCUGGCGUGAACUCUCCUUGA